AUGGAGGGAGAAGAACGUCCGACGCUCGAGGAGCUAUCAGCUCUGCCAGAGAAUGCUCUCGUUCAGCUUCCUCUCUCACGUCGAGGGCGGGGCCCAGGAUUAUUGAUAUUCCUACCCCAAGAUUACACCCCGCAAAAGAAAGAAAAAACGACCAAAAGUCUCGAUCCAGAGCCAUUACAGAAAUGGGCUGAAGAAGGAUUCGCCGUUGUUCAACUUACCAUUGGGCAGGAUGACGACCCGCAAGAGACGUAUCUGAAUACCAUGGACGCAGUCAGAUUUCUGCUGCGGCUACCAGAAUGUGCCGAAUUCGAGAAAGUCGGGGUCGUGGUGUAUGGAUUGAAUCCAAGCUUUGAUCAGUCUCCCGUUGCUGAUGUCUGGCGUCAUCUGUGGAACAUACGGAUGAUUGCAGCCAUUAUUGCUUUCACCGACGACGAUGUUGGGGCAUGUCAACCGAAUCGCAUCAGAAAUCAUCCACUUCUAGUACAUUCGACGAAGGAAUUCAUGCCCUCUCGAGAAUCAGAGGUCGUGUAUUUCUACGAGACUGCAAAAGUAACGAAUUUCGUUCUUCCGGGUCACGAGAAUUACAUGCCUGGUCAUGCUGGAGUUGCUCAUACCAGGAGUCUUGGUUUCUUGAAGCAGAAUCUUGGCGGGCCGUAUUUUGACCUUGAUGCUAUCUGGGAAGAGCAUACUUUGUUUGAAUUUGGAGAGCGGAAUGUAGAAAAGACGAUGAGCACGAUGGUGAAUGAGCCAUAUGUGAAUCACGUGCCGACAAUGACAGGUGGGAUUGGGAGAUCUGCUUUGACAAGCUUUUAUCGUGACCAUUUCAUAUUCAACAAUCCAGACGAUACACAGCUUGAACUUAUCAGUAGGACGGUUGGUGUGGACCGAGUUAUCGAUGAAUUCAUCUUUAGCUGCACUCAUAACAAAGUGAUAGAUUGGCUUGUCCCUGGCAUUCCACCAACUGGCAAGCAGAUCCGAGUUCCCUUCACAUCAGUAGUCAACAUUCGAGGAGAUCGUUUAUACCAUGAACAUAUUUCAUGGGACCAAGCCACACUCCUUCGUCAACUUGGUCUCCUCCCCGAGUAUCUCCCAUUCCCAUACGCACUCCCGGAUGGAAAGAAGCCAGGAAAGGGGAAACGGUUUGAAUAUCGUGUUCCUACUGCAGGAGCCGAGACUGCUGAGAAGUUGGUCGAUGAGAGUUCUGUGAAGAGUAAUGAGAUGUUUGGGUUUGAGAUUCGCGAGGUGGAUGACACUUAG